GAGAAGUAAGUGAACAAGAAGAAGCUGAAUUUAAGCAAGAAGCAAUCAACCAAAUUCACCAAAUAUUGAGAAUAGAGAAUGACCAAUUAAAAAAGAAAUUAGAUGCUUAUGAGAAAAAAGCUAAAAUCAAGCAGAUUAAAAAUUUAACCAAGAGAGCAAAGACAAAAGUUAAUGGGAAAGUUCAAAAACUUAAAGAAAAAGUUAAUGCUAUUAAAGAAAAUUUUCAAACUUGCAUUUUGCAAGAUGAUGAGCCAGUUCUUGAUAAUGCUACUCACGAAUUAGUAGCAUACCAUGAAGAUAGUUUUGCUGCUGAUAUUGGCUCUAUCUGUGCUGAUUGUAAAAAAGAUUUUAAGAAUAAUAAUCUUUCUUAUUGUGAACUUUGUGGUAGAUUGCAAAGAAAUAGACAAGGUUGUUAUUGUAGUUUGUUGAAAGAUGGAAAAUUCAGAACACUUUUCACAGAAGAGGGAACUUCCCAAACUAUCAAAGCUCGUUUAGCAAAGGAAACCAAAGAACUUGAAAAGGAAUUGAAAACUGCCAAGGAGGAGUUGAAU